ACCGGAAAAAAAAAAAAAAGAGAGAGAGAGAGAGCGAGAGAUUCAUCAUCAUCAUCAUCAUCAUCAAACCCACAAAUCCUUAAUCGUACGGAUCUCUCUCUUCGUAUCCUAAUUCAUCUUCCUCGAUCUGAGAUUUUAGGUUUUCUUCCCCUUGAGAUUUUGAAGAGUUGAGAUAAAGAAAGAAACUAUUUUUGUAGCUUGAAAAAUGGCAUCAGUGGGGAUAGCUCCUAAUCCUGGGGCAAGAGACUCUACUACACAUGCUAUUGGUGUUGAUAAAUUACCUGAAGAAAUGAAUGACAUGAAAAUUCGUGACGAUAAAGAAAUGGAAGCGACAGUGGUAGAUGGAAAUGGAACAGAGACUGGACACAUCAUUGUGACUACCAUUGGUGGAAGAAAUGGCCAACCAAAACAGACAAUUAGCUACAUGGCUGAACGCGUUGUUGGACACGGAUCUUUUGGUGUUGUGUUCCAAGCGAAAUGUCUUGAGACGGGAGAAACUGUUGCGAUAAAGAAAGUUUUACAAGAUAGGAGGUACAAGAAUCGUGAGCUUCAAACCAUGAGGCUACUUGACCAUCCUAAUGUUGUGUCUUUGAAACACUGCUUCUUUUCAACCACUGAAAAAGAUGAGCUUUACCUCAAUCUUGUUCUUGAAUACGUCCCAGAAACCGUGCAUCGUGUUAUCAAACACUAUAACAAACUGAACCAGAGAAUGCCUCUCAUAUACGUCAAGCUUUACACUUAUCAGAUUUUUAGGGCAUUAUCUUACAUUCACCGGUGUAUUGGUGUGUGUCAUCGUGACAUAAAGCCUCAAAACUUGUUGGUAAAUCCACACACCCAUCAAGUAAAACUAUGUGAUUUUGGAAGUGCAAAAGUAUUGGUAAAAGGAGAACCAAACAUCUCCUACAUCUGCUCGAGGUAUUACAGAGCACCUGAACUUAUUUUUGGAGCAACUGAGUAUACGACAGCCAUUGAUGUCUGGUCUGCGGGAUGUGUUCUAGCUGAACUAUUACUUGGACAGCCUUUGUUCCCUGGUGAGAGCGGUGUUGAUCAACUUGUAGAGAUUAUCAAGGUCUUGGGAACGCCUACUAGGGAAGAAAUCAAGUGUAUGAACCCCAACUACACAGAAUUCAAAUUCCCUCAGAUUAAAGCUCAUCCAUGGCACAAGAUUUUCCACAAACGCAUGCCUCCAGAAGCUGUUGACUUGGUCUCAAGACUUCUUCAAUACUCUCCUAAUCUACGAAGUGCCGCUCUCGACACAUUGGUCCACCCAUUCUUUGAUGAGCUAAGAGACCCAAACGCACGUCUACCUAAUGGACGUUUCCUUCCACCACUUUUCAACUUCAAGCCUCACGAGCUGAAAGGUGUACCAGUGGAGAUGGUAGCUAAGUUAGUACCUGAGCAUGCAAGGAAGCAGUGUCCUUGGCUCGGUUUGUGAUUUCCUUAAAACCCUAAAAUGUAGCAUGAACACACUUCUAUAAUCUUCCUCUCUCCCUCUCACCCUCUCUAUGUAUCAAUAUGUUACAAUCUGAUAUGUAUCCUUUGUUUGUUGUAUGAGUAGAGAAAAAAAGAGUUAUUACUUAUUACUAUGGUUUGGUUGGCUAUAAUGUAAAAGCCCACCAAGAAUUUUUAUCUAAGAUAAAAGAGUUUGCUUCUUCUG